AAUUAUGCAGGGGUCCGACGAGCGUCUCCGUUGCAUAGAAACGCAAACUGGAUCCUGGAGAUUUUUCAAAUGUCCAGUGUUUACUUGCUUUGAUACACGAAGGAUAUCUUGUGUUUCUUUUCCUUGUAUAAUUAGACAGAGUACACGCAGUUAUUACUGAAAAUAUCUGCACGCCACAGUAAAGGCUAAUUCUUCGAGCGGCUUUAAGGAUCUGUUGCCUCGUUUAAAAAAAAAAUGUGCCGUCACAGCACCGAUUGAUGCUCCCAGAAGAACAAAUGUUAACAAACGACGACAUUUUCAUUAUUUCCCAGAUUCAAGGAAGGUUCAAUUCUCUGAUUGGAGUUUUUGAUCGAGCUGUUGCGUAAGCGAAUUAACAAAAAAAUGCGAGCAACAAGAUGCUAAUGUUAGCUUACCGGUGGCGAACUUGCUAACGCUCCUGCUGUUGGCAGCAAACCCCGCGGGGAGUGGGACUGGACCGGUGUUUCUCCGAGAAAUUCCCAAGGAAGCUGAGGAAAUGGCAGACGAUGUUGGCAAUUCUACCGAUUUCGAUCAAAAGAAGUACGACGCAGAGGAACAUGUGAAGAUUAUUUGUCUGGGAGACAGUGCAGUUGGGAAAUCCAAGUUGAUGGAAAGGUUUCUCAUGGAUGAAUAUCGUCCCCAGCAGAUGUCAACAUAUGCUUUGACUCUCUACAAGCACACUGCUACUCUAGGAAAUAAGAAAGUACUGGUUGAUUUCUGGGAUACAGCUGGCCAGGAAAGAUUUCAGAGUAUGCAUCCUUCAUACUACCACAAAGCACAUGCAUGCAUCAUGGUUUUUGAUGUUCAAAGGAAGAUCACCUAUAAGAAUUUAUCCAACUGGUUUAAGGAGUUAAGGGAGUACAGGCCUGAGAUACCCUGUUGUGUGGUUGCCAACAAAAUUGAUGCUGACUUGAAAAUGACUCAAAGAAGCUUCAACUUUGCAAAGAAACACGGGCUGCCAUUCUACUUUGUCUCAGCAGCUGAUGGGACCAAUGUGGUCAAGAUGUUCAGAGAGAUGAUCAAAAGAGCGGUGGAGUACAAACAAAACCCUAGUGACUUCAUGGAUGAAGUCAUGGAAGAGCUGGAGAAUUUUGACCUGGAGACAAAAGAGGAGAACUCAGAUGAGGAUGGACUGAAAGCAGAGAAUUAAGAAUAAUUUGAAUGUUUACACUGAAUAUACUUGUACUUUAAGUCUCAUUUUAUAUAAAAUAUACAUUUUCAGUACAAUACAGCUCUGAUAUAUAAUUAAAAAUGAAUAUUUUGUUUCAAUGUUUGAAUUUUGACUCUCCUGCUAGCGAGGCAGUACAUUUUUGUUAGCAUGUUUUAUACACUUUAUUUAUCCAGUGACAGCAGCAGAGGGGGAAAAAGUCUUAGUUAAUGAAUAAUUUGUGUUGUUUAUCAGGUAAACUCUUUUAAUCUUUUGUAUCUAUACUCUGAAAUACAAGUCUUCUAUCUUACUUGUGCAAUGUUUUCCCCAAUGUGGGGAAAAAAAACUUUGAUAAUGUGAAGAAUGAAAUACUGACACAGUCAAGAGAGCAUGUGAUUUUAAACCAUUCCUGCUGUUGUCAGUGAUUGUAAUAUGUGCAGUUCGAGGAGGAAGCUGCAUCGGUUAGCUGCUUUACUUGCAUUCAUGAUGUAAUUUUUUUUUUAGCACUAUUACUAAUUAAACCCUGAUACAAAGAAUACUCAGCAGUUAUUGUGACUCCUUCCAGCUUCCUGUGCUUUAGCAGUCUGUUAACUGUAAGCAUUUUUAGAAAUACAUUUGUGAGAGUUCUCAAUCGAUGGCACAUAUUAUUCAGACAUUAAGUUGCUCAUUCGUUUAAUAUUCCUGAAUUUUAACAGAAAAAAACAAAGGGAUUCAAAAAUUCUCUGUUAAUUGACUGUUAUACAGUUUUCCCUCCAAAUAAACAUUUUAACACAGUCA